AUGGAUAAUAGUAAUAAUAGUAAAAAAAUAGCCAUGCAUGAAAAGGAACGAAAAACUAGAAAACGGAACUGUUCCCCUAUUGUGGUAUCUCCCACAGGACCAGCCGCGGCCCUUCUGGUGUGUACAACCCAAAGACUUCAACGAAAGUAUGGACUUUCCUUUUUCUUUCUUCAACGCGGUUCGGAAAAAAAGAUCAAAUGUACUCCACUUCAACAAGUUCUGAGCACAAGUGAUAUGGAUGCGAUUCUUCAGCGUAGUGAUGGAGCGACAUCUAUUCAUCUUCCAAUGUUUGUUCGCGCCGCAGAAGAGUGGAGUCAACGAUGGAAUCAAUCCUCUGCAGAACAGCAAACGUCUCCUAUUCUUCCAUAUCUUCCAAAUGUAAUUCUCAGUUUAUUCUCAGAUAUGGGUUUAGCCAAUGUCUCGGAACCGUUUUCUCUCAUUGGUGCUCUCACACCUUCUCCACCAGCGUUUGGAAUCUCUGAAUCCACUACUAUACAGAAUAGAUCAUCAUCAUUAUUAUCAUCGUUAUCAUCAUUAUCAUCAUUAUCAUCAUUACAGACACCCCAACCUCUUACCUCUAUCUGCAUUAAUGCUAUUCAUGAGAUUGUAGAGUGUACAGAGGAUAUCUCACAUCAGGCAAAGAUGAGAUGUGUACGUCGUCGUCGUCUCUCUGAAAGCAAAUAUUAUACAGACGAAAGAAAUGAAGGAAGUCGUGAAUCUUCUACAGAAAGAAAAGUAACUGUAUCCUCAGUUCCACAAGUACGAUUAUUUCUACUCUCACCUUACGCCCGUUAUGAUUUACUCCGUAAGUCUGUAAAACAAGGUACUUCUAAAUCAGAUAUCCCCUCUUUUUACGGUGGUGAGGCAUGUGAAAUACUUCUUGUGUAUGUGUGUUCAAAAGCAGCAGCUCGUGUGAUUGGUGUAGGGCAGGUGAAUGAAACUCCUGAGGUUUGGGGUCGUAUUCCACACCCACAACAACAACAACAACAACAACAACAACAACAACAACAACAAGGGAAUAUAGAAAGCGGAGCUGCUGUAUCCUCCAUCAACUCCACAUCAUCAUCAUUAUCAUCAUCAUCAUCAUCAUCAUACGUAUCACAACCGAUAACAGGACCAACACUACCACCAAAAGCAGCAGCAGCAGCAGCAGCAGCAACUUCCAUAUCAUCUCCAUCACCCCAAUUGCAUACGACUAUUCAUGAAGAUAUGUUUUUCAUUGCCGCCAGUGUAGAGGAUUAUUUACGCCUUGGCAGUGCCUUUGCGUGGGUGUAUGGGUGGCAACUCUGUUAUGCACCCCAAGGACCGCCACCGCGUUCUCUGCAGUGGCUGAAACUAUUUGCCCCAAGCGCUCUUGCGGCGGUGGUCUCAGAAACACUGUAG